UCAAUAGCCUAGCCUAGGCCUAGUCUCGACGCUGACUGGAGUCUCGACAACCGUGGUUGGGUGACAGUGAUUGUUGUCAGCACAGGGGUGUUCUGCUUGACCUUUUUUCCCGCUGAUGUUACGAGGAACCAAGAUAUUCUGAGUUUUGCAAGGGGUUAAAAAGGAGCCCUCAAGAGUCAUAUCAGUGGAAAGACCCCCAUGUAAGAUCACAGGCUAUGUCCUCCCCAAACCACGAGGGGAGCAUCCGUCAUCUUCCGCCGGGGAAAUUGAGCAAUAUCAAGAAGCUUUUUGAAGAAGAUAGUAAUGGAGAUAAGCCUAGCCCUCCGUCUCGCCCCCCAGCCCCCUCAUGUAGGCCCAAGUCCAGUCAGGCCAGGCCAAAGGUGCCGCCUCCACAAAGGCCUGCGUCACAACCUCAGGCCGCCGUAGCAGCGCAGAUGGCCGCAAAUGUCUCCCAACUCAGGGAAACAGGAGGGACAUCUAAUAAAGGCACUGCAUCUGACAAAAACCUGGAUGUUAAUCGUUUGACGGCUGCCAAAGAUCCUCGGCGACUCAGUCCUACCAUAUCUCGGAGGAUCACCGCGCUGAUGGAUAACAGAGGGGCGGUCAAAGAUGAGGAAACAAAUGUGUCCAAUAGUGCAAUCUCUCAACCUCAGAGCAUCCCUAAGGCAUCACCGAUUCAUGGUUUCCCAAAGCCGGGGCACAGACGAGGUCAAAGUUAUGGAGAUGCUGCAGUUGUGCUAGAUAAUCCGGUGUAUGGUGGCUUUGAAUCCAAGGCAAGAGCAGACCCUGUGGUAUCUGAGCCUUACGCAAAAGUCAACAAGCACAGGAAGAAUGAAACAGACACAAAGAAAGUAAAAUUUGAUUCUGAAGAGGUUCAGAUUCACAGGAGAGAAGCUGUGAGAAAAAAUUCUGGGGAGAGGAGAAAGACUGUUGCAUGUAUUUCACCGGAAGAUGAAAAUGGUGGAAGUUCAGGGUCAGGGGUUAGUGUGGCGGGCAGAACAAAGCUCUUCGAUAGUCCCAAGGGAGAAAAACCUGCUCUUCCUGUAAAAUCAGAGUCGGUGAAAAGACAGUUCAGUAUGAGAACGGCGAAAGAAUUCCAGCAGCAGCAGCAGCAGCAACAAAAACCUGUAGCACGUAUAACGAAAGCUCCAGUGCAAGAUGAAAAUACAAACGCUGGCUCUAAUUCUGGCUUGGAAGCUAUUUACGAUCCUCCGUGGGAUUUGAGCAAAAACCCUCUAGUGGACAAGGUGAAAAAAGCUAAGCCCCCUUCUUCAGCUCUUUUACCCCCUUCAUCUACUCCAGGCAGCCCAGCUAAGAGUGCAGCACCGAUAAAACCUCCUCUACCAAGUCUUCCUCCUCCCAAAAAAGACUCCCCCGUCCACAGAACUUCUUCUAAUGUGGAGAGUGGGAAUGAGUCUGGAGCCUUGAGGAGAUCAAAAGCUCAGGGCGCUAGCAAUCUGUCAGAUUCUCCCUCCAAGUCAACACCUGCCCCACCCCCACCCAAGCCCCCCAGGACGCAUGCUCACGACAGUUAUUUAAAAGUGAAACUUUCACAAAAUCUGGACACUUCCUCGUCUUCUGACUCAGGCAAGGAGCAGUUGUCAAACGUUAAAAAAGUCCAGGUGGUGGAACCUGACUCAAAAGUCAGUGAUACUUCUGAGGAGGUCGAGUACCUCUCUGUGAAGGACAGGAUAUCCAAAAUGCAGCAGCAGAAGGCAGAGUCACCUCCCCUAUCAUCUUCUCCUCCCGUGUCCUCAUCAUCAUCAAAAGAUCAAACUGUUGUUCUCCGUCAUCAACACCCUCCGUCCCGCCCCCCUCCCCCGCGGCGACGGCCGAACUCAGGAGGAGCUCCGCCUCCGUUGCCCCCCGCUCACCACCUCAAGUCACGUCCUGUCACUCAGUUCUCUCCGGCACACGGUGACGGACCCAUCGUCAUUCCAGUGUCCCCGAGGAGAUUUCAGCCCCAGACCCGCCAGAUGGCCAGCCGCCAGCUGUCACACACUCCAGGGUUCCAGUACCAGCAGAGACAGCCCAAUGACAAACUUCCUCCGGCCCCCGACGGCGAGCGACCGCUGCAGAGAUUCCCGCUACGGAAAAGUUUUAGUUCGGAAUGUAUUCAUUCGAGCCAAGGCAGUUCUCUGAACCUUGAUGAGACGGAGGACAUGACCACGAUGAUGCAGAGCACCUACGAGUCGCAGUAUGAGGCAGUGAUUGAUGCAGAGGGGUACGCCGUCCCCAACGAAUUCAUGAAAUUGCCGGGUAGACGCAGGGCUGACUCACAGUUUGAUGAG